AUGACCGAAUCACAAUCGCCGGCUUUAUCUGGCCACCAGGCCGAUGUCGCACAACCACCAUCGCAACCGGAUUCACAAGGCCAGACUCAGACGACGCCAGCAUCAUCGCAAACGCCGCCAGGGCCCGAUAUCUCAACGAAUAAUCCACAACCCGCUGACUCCCAGCAGGAUCCCGCGCCUGAGGCACCGGAGUCCGCUACUCCAGCAGCAGGUACCGCUGGUUCGACGCCGCACCCCGGGGGUAAUGAUGAAGAUAUGACUGCAAAGGCGAACGGCAGCACAUCUCAGCAACAGCAGCAAGACGUGGUUAUGGGUGGAACGGACAACGAGACCGGGGCGGGCGCCAGUGGAGGAGGGGGAGCCAAUGCAGCGGCAAAUGGAGUAAAUGCCGGUGCGAAUGCGAAGCUGGAAGCCAACGGCCUUGGAGGGAAUAUGCUGAAUGGAAUAGAUCCGAUUGCACCUCCAACAAAAAAGCACACAAGCCUGAGAGAAUUCUUGGGCCAGAUGGAUGAUUACGCUCCUAUCAUCCCAGAUGCCGUAACAGCACACUACCUCACUACCGCCGGCCUCCCGCCUCCAGGCAACGGUCCCAACCAAACCCCGCCUCACCUCGCGCGCCUUCUCGCCCUCGCAACGCAAAAGUUCAUCGCCGACAUCGCCGCGGACGCAUACCAAUACUCUCGCAUCCGUGCGUCGAACAGCUCUACAUCAAACAACCCUAUGGGCGCUAUAAACGUCACCGCGGGCCUUAACGUCGCCGCUGGCCAAGGUGGGAAUGUUGCUGGGGGAAGCGGACAAGGUGCGGCCGGUGGCGGUGAGCAACAAGGGAAGGGGAAAAGCGGUGCAGCUGGUUUGCACUUGGGUGUGCAGAGGGCUGGGUUUGGUGGUGGUGGACAGGGAGGCGGUCAGGGGAAGACGGUGCUUACGAUGGAGGAUCUAGGGAUGGCGGUUGGAGAAUAUGGGGUGACCGUGAAGAGGGGGGAGUUUUAUCGAUGA